AUGCUGGCGUUACUCGUCACUUCCUUUUUGCUCCUACGAUGUGCCUACCACCUUUCAACAACGGCAAAUGCACCGGAAGAAACAAAAGGACGCCGUGUUUCAGAUCAUGAAUUGCCUAACCCCUGCGAACUGCCGCAACAACAACGGCAACGCCAGCAGGAGCCGGAGCAAGAAGUUGCUGGCGCGGCCGCUGCCAUUCCCGAGGCUGCUGUUGGCGCAUCUUCUGGGCAAAGUGUCACAGCAUCAACAGGGCCAACCCCAGCUCUUCCUAAAGGUUAUUCUGCCGUUACUCAUUUGGACCCAGCCAGCCUUUACGCCCAUUCUGCAUCUAUGGCGGCUUGGAUGCUUCAAGUAGAGGCUGCAGAGGCUGGAAUUGGUGAGGGCGGCAAAUCUGAAGAGGCCCACAUUUGCUAUUUGGCUUGUGAAGGUCUGAAACUGGUAAAGCACCUAGAAGCAGUGACCUUCUCUGCUGAGGUAGUCCCAGGCGACCAGCAAGAAUUCCUUGAAGCCAUAGGAGAGUGUAGUCAGCUUGUGGGACGUCUCGCUGAACAGGUGGAAUGCCGUUGGACAGCUGUUUGCAAAAAGCAUACAAAGCUCGUCAGGUCUGAUGUUGAGGGCGCCUGGAGCCACUUGCGAAGGGCACUCCGUCGAGAUCUUCUCGACCCAGGAGACCCUACAGUUGGAGCGAUGAUAGGAUUGAGAGAAACUGUAAAUACUGCAAUGAAAGUAUACGAAGAGGGGGCGACUAUUUGUGCUACCCUCCGUGGAGCCGGAGGACUUGGAGAUGCCCUAAUAAGCUUGAGCGCAGUUAUCACUGCAGCAGUAGAGUCUCUGGACCUGGCGGCUAAUGCCUGCGCAGAAGCCUGGAUAAAACGUCUCACAGAUCUACGCAGAAUGUUGCAGGCAGAAGCACCAGAAGGCAACGAGGCCAGGCAAAAGCUGUUGGAUGGCAUACAGGCUGCAAAGACAGUCCAAAGAAUCCUCGGAUUCAUUUCCGGCAAAACUCUUUCAAUAUGA